AACAGAGGAAUGCAGUUUGAUUUAGUUUCCGUACUACAUUAGUGGUAUACUAGUUUUAUAAUUAGUCGCAAACUAAGCUAGUCAAGAUGAACUUCAACCUCGGUGGAUUGCUUUUCGUAUUCAUGAUCUACCAGCCAUCGACCGCCGUCGAGAAGAUUCAUUCGUGUCUACCGGGCAGCGUCAAGAACAUCUGCAUCCUCGAUCAUGUGUUUUACAAUCGAUCUCUAAAUAUCAAGCACAUAUUUCCGCAAAACUACUCCAUAGUUCACAUUGGAAACGAUGGAUGGAAAAAGGGAAUCAAUUCCGUAAUCCAAGCGUUCGACGGGCAACUGUACGCAGAACUUGGCCAUCCACCUGUGCUGGAGAGUCUGACUGCCGAAGUAGAGAUGCUAGAAAUACCCCGAGCUCUAAGCUAUGCCAACUUUGCCGGUAAUCGGAUAGAGGCCUUCUGGAUCGAAGAAGGUGAUGCUGAACCCCAAUUGUCGUAUCUCGAUCUUGGCCAGAAUGGUUUAUCCCGUUUGACUAACAUUACCGCUUUUGUGAACUUGGAGACGAUCUACCUGCAGGCCAACCAGCUAGAGGUGCUGGAGCUGUACGUGUUCAAGAACUUCACUAAGCUCAAAGUUCUAAACCUGAACUACAACCUUUUCACCGUCCUAUCAGGAGAUUUAUUUCCACCGUCCCUAAUCUACCUGGGGCUCGAGUACAACGAUAUGACAACCCUGGACUACGGUACUCUUCAGCUUCCCUCACUAAAAGUUCUCAACAUCGGGCAGAACUCUCUCCGGACGAUCGAUGUGGCCCAGCUGCUUCUCGGCUUACCAAAACUCGAAGUUCUUCGCCUAUCGCAUAACAAACUAUCACAUGAGUCAUUACGCUCGGCGUUGGAAGUACUCCGGCAGCGCAACAUCAGCUAUCGAGAUGAAUCCUCGAAAGUUUCCUGCUACUACGACAGCGAGCAGAUCGAAGGAGUAUGCAUGGAACGGCAACCAACGGUCGGUGGAAGAGUUAAGAUCGUUUUACUCAGCAUUCUGUCUGUUUUGAUUGCGAUAUUGUUUGUACUGCUGAUGUAUUGGGUGUACGUCUUUAUGAACAAGUGAGCAAUGUACUAGGCGGAAGUAACAAAAUUAUUACAGGUUGUGUUAUUUUGUUACAAUUGUUUUUGUAACAACGCACGGUUGUUAUAAAACAUGUAUCGUUAAGUAGUUAAAACAUUAGUUGGACGCGUAACAAUGUGUUUUAUAUUUGUAAUAAGAUCAUACCACAGACAAACAGACGUAACUCUAAGAGGAAAUUCAUUAAAAACUUUUAUCCGGUGUCUUUUUCAUGAGCACACUGCCACCUGUUGAUAGAACCGCGCGAGACACUGUCGGCCAUGAUGGAUUUCGAUUUGACGUUUAUCUAACACGCACACUACUACACAAAUUGCCUGUAAUUUUCGCUUGCAUCAUUCAGUAACGUGCACACUGGCAAACGUCAAAGUGAUCGAACGCUAGCGCCUAUGGCGUAAGGAUCGCGCAAAUCAAAUGAAAUUUGAAUUGAUCGUUAAAUGCAUGUGCCAAGCCGUUUUGAUGAGUGUUACGUCUUUUUGUCUGUGAUCAUACUAAACUUUGUUAUAUUAUUACUACUUACUUUCAGUCCUGAGCACCCUUGGUGCUGCAGAAGGCCGAAUUGAAAGAUCUCCAUCCUGGGCGAUUGCCAGCCAUCGUCUUGACCUGUGGCCAGGUCAAAUUUCUGUCGACUUCCUUUAUUUCCUUGUUGAGGCUGCGCCGCCAUGAGCCUCUGGGUCUACCUCUGCUGCGAUGUCCUGGUGGGUUUCAAUCCAACGCUUGUUUGCAGAUUUCAUUCCUGCUUCUGCAUAAAUUGUGACCGACCCACCUCCACUUUCGCUCCAGAAUUUCUGUCCCUAUCGACUUUUUAUGACAUCGACGAUGGACCGACACGUUGGGGAUCCAAUUGUGAGGCCUUACCUUACCUUACCGAUCAGGCUAAGGCCGGGGUGGCCUCUGCUGUACAUAGUAGCCGUCUCCAUUCCACUCGGUCCAUGGCUGUUUGUAUCCAGUUCCGCAUUCUGCGUAGAGUCCGCAGAUCGUCCUCCACUUGGUCGACCCACCUAGCUCGUUGAGCUCCACGUCUUCUUGUACCGGUCGGAUGAAUCUCGAGAACCAUUUUAGUCGGGUUGCUAUCCGACAUCCUGAUGACGUGACUCGCCCACCGUAGCCUCCCGAUUUUCACGGUAUGGAGGAUGGUUGGUUCUCUUAGCAGCUGAUGCAGCUCGUGGUUCAUUCGCCUUCUCCAAGUCCCGUCUUCCAUCUGCACUCCGCCAUAGAUGGUACGCAACACCUUCCGUUCGAAAACUCCAAGGGCGCGUUGGUCCUCUGCACGUAGGGUCCAUGUUUC